UUGGCACGCGUGCUUAUAGUUAAUGCCUUCUUCGCAAGGAGGCGCAAGGAUUUUCUCUUGCUCUAGAACAAUGGCGGACGCGGCGAAAGCUCCUACCAAGCAAAAGGUGAAAAAGGAGAAGACCAAGAAGGAGAAGAAAGAUCCUUCCAAAAAUGUCAUGAGAGAAGUCAAGAUUCGGAAACUCUGCCUUAAUAUUUGUGUUGGAGAAUCUGGUGAUAGAUUGACUCGUGCUUCUAAGGUGUUGGAGCAGUUAACUGGUCAACAACCAGUUUUCUCGAAAGCCAGAUAUACGGUUCGUUCCUUUGGAAUUCGUAGGAAUGAAAAAAUCGCCGUACAUUGCACGGUUCGAGGAGCUAAAGCCGAGGAAAUCCUUGAGCGUGGCUUAAAAGUUCGUGAAUACGAAUUGAGGAGAGAGAACUUCUCCUGCACUGGAAACUUUGGUUUCGGCAUCCAGGAACACAUCGAUCUUGGAAUCAAAUAUGACCCAAGCAUUGGUAUUUACGGAUUAGACUUCUACGUCGUACUUGGAAGGCCCGGAUUCAACGUAGCUCAUAGGAGAAGGAAAACUGGAAAAGUCGGUUUCCAACACAGGCUGACGAAAGAAGACGCAAUGAAAUGGUUCCAACAGAAGUAUGAUGGUAUCAUUUUGCCCGGCAAAAAGUAAUGUACGUAAUUGUGUACUUUUUUUACAUAAUAUGGUAAUAAAUAUGUAAAAAUCA